AUGCCUGAAGAAGUGUUCAGGAGGCAUCGCGGCAAAUCGGCGCCGAGAGGUAGAUCUCCCAACGCGAAAGCGUUGAAGAAGGCAUCCAAACAGGGGGAAGCAUAUGUCACCCCUCCGCCCCGGGACAAGCCUGGCCAAAAGGGGCCCAGUGAGGGUGCUUCAAGUUCAGAGGAGAAACCAAACAUGUUCGCUGAGUAUUGGAAGAAGUAUGAAUGUCCAGGGCUCUAUCCAAAAGAGACAGAAAGCCAGAAGAAAAGCAAGACGAGUAAGAGCAAAGGGAAGAAGAAUAAGGACAAAGAUGGCAAGGCAGACAAGGGUGAGGACAAAAGAAAACAUGCCCUGCCUACGACAAGUCAAAGCUCCAAGAAGAAACAAAAACCUGAGGGUGAUGUGCCAGAGGAACCAGUGAUUCCCAGCAUCGACAGUGAUGACAUGGAGUCGACCGAGGCCAGCGAGGAGUCCGGUGAGGUUCCACUGGAGCCUCAAAAGAAAAAGCAGGGAAAGGAAAGCAAGAAGAAGGCAAAGAAGAGCGAUAAGAAGGCAAAGAAUGAAGAAGAAAAGAAGGAUUGCAAGAAGGAUCAGAAGGUAAAGAAAAGCGAUAUGAAGGAGAGCGAGAAGAAGGAUGAAAAGAAGAGUGGGAAGAAUGAGGAGAAGAAGGGUGAAGAGACCAGCGAGAAGAAGGAAGAAAGGAAGAGCGAGAAGAAGAAAGAAAAGAAGAUCGAACAGAAGGAUGAAAAGAAGAGUGAUAAGAAGGAAGGCAAGAACGAUAAGGAUGAAAAGAAGAGUGAUAAGAAGGAAAGCAAGAGCGAGAAGGAUGAACAGAAGAGCAGCAAGAAGGAGGAAAGCAAGAGCGAGAAGAAGAAUGCUGAAAAGAACAGGGACAAGAAAGGUGACACGAAAGAAGAAGAGGAGGAGGUGGACUCAAGUGAGACUGAAGAAGAAGAAGAAGGCUCUGAUUCGGAAAGCGCUAGUGAAUCGCCAGCUGAUGAGCCAGCUCCCAAGAGCAUCUUGAAGAAGACAACGGGGCAUGAGAAAGAUGAUGGCAAAGAAGAAAGCUGUGACGACAGCGAUGAUGAGAGCAGCAGUACUGGCGAAGAUGGAAGCGACAAAGAAGAUGAAAGUGAAGAAGAGGAGAAUGAGGAUGAAGAAGAAGGAGAGGAAGGUAGCAGUGAAUCAGAAUCAGAAGAGAGCACAAAGGGAAAGAAAAGAAAACAUGAUGAUUCAGAUGGUUCAGAUGCGGAGGAGGAGGAGCAGGAGGAGGACUCGAAAGGGAAGGGGAAGGAUAUGAAGAAGAAGAAGAAAAAAGGGAAGAAGCACAGCAAGAAAGAGGAGAAGGCCAAGCGAAAAGAAGAAAAGAAAAAGAAUGAAUGCGAGGACAGCGAGAAGCCUUUGAAGGGGGCAGAGGAGUCGCUAUCAAAGAAUAGCACUACAAACCGGGCAGAGUGGCAGCAGUUUCAGCGCUGGCUGAAGAAUAGCCGACGGUGUCCUGCUAAGAUCGUUGCAGCUUGUAAGAGUCAGGAAACUCGACGCCAGCUAUUCCUGGACUUCUUGAAUUCCGACAAGGACUUCAAACAGGUGGAAGCCAGGUUUGAGGCCCGGCUGAUGGAGAGCCAGCGAACUCAGGUGAGGUAUGGCUUUCGAAACGAUCAGUGGCUCAUCAAGAACCAUGGGCAACGCAAAGCUGAAAAGAUCAUGACUAGAAAGCGGCAGUUGGGAUUGACCAUACCAGACCCAGAGUUUCCAGGGGAGGACGAGCACUUGUUCUUCGUCAUGGUGGAAUUCAACAUCGAUGACAUCAAAGAGCUCCGUCGAGUGACCCAGAUUGAACUCACCGGAACCCUGGACGCCGACGGCGUUCGGGCCUUCGUUGAGGUAGCUGGGCAGCAUGGUGUGCUAACUUUAGCGUUCAUCGUUCAUGGGGGGAAAGGGAACAUUCGCGACACUGCCAUAAGGGAUCACGCCUUCAAGCUUCGUCCACUGGCGCUGUCCACCGAUCUCAUUACGCAGCUGAAAGCGUGUGCAGUCAAGCUGCAACAUUGGGCCGAUGUUCUGCAGUCACGGAUUUCCAAGAAGUAUAACAAAAGCAAAUACUAUCGUGAUGUGGAAGAUCAGGUGGAAGAAGAUUCCAAGGUGGCGAAGGACCGGAUUGAUUUGGCCAAAGCCCUGAUCAGGGCUUCAGAGAAACCAGCGAAACAGAAAACGUCCAAAAAGGAAAAGGAAGAAAAGAAAGACCAAGCUGGUGCUGCAGAGCGUGUGUGGGUCUCAGACCAGCCUUCUGAAGCCAGUGACCGCGUGGAAGAGUACUGGCGACAUUGUGUCAAUCUAAGCUUCUUUGACCAGCUAGACCUUCAGGAGGGUGACUUUCGGAUGACUGACUACUUUUACAGCUUGCAGUUGCCGGUAGAUCUCAGAGCAUUGUUUAGCAUGCCACCUAUCCCUGGUGCCCUACUCCGACAUUGGAAGGUGAGUGCAGAACUCGGUGGAUCCUUGAACACGGACGACUGGGUGCAUCCAAUGCUACGAGUGGUACUUCUGCUGCCCUAUGCCGACGUCUGUGGCAUCAAUGCAGAGGUGACACCUAUUCCAGAACGACUUCAUCGAGUUCAGCUGGCCUUCAAAUGGCUCUCCCGCAGGGAACGUUGGCGCUUCAAGGGCCGCAAUCCGGUGAAUCGACCUCGGCAGAACGCUUUAGGGGUUUUGGACCCGUUUUCGGACAUUGCUAGCGUGAAACCGGUUGGACAUGUCAUGGAUGACCCAUUUGAGCUGGACAACCAAUUCCCCGAGGGAAACAACAGAGAAGAAAGGGCAGACAAGCGACAGAAAUACAAGGAGACAGUGAGCCAGAUUCCUCGUUUUCAGGGUCAGUCUUUUCUGGAGAUGAAUGCAGUUUCAGAGGAGGUGGCCUCGGACUACAGGAUUCGCAUGGCUCGUUUCAAGGCAUUUGCCAAGCUGGAGCAGAUCUCUCUCCGAGGUCAAAAGAACUUGGACAAUGCAUUGAGCGCCUAUCUCAACGAGAUGUUCGAAGAUGGGGAAGACAUAGGGGAAGCCACAAAAACCCUGGCAGCAGUGGUGGACAGCGUCCCCGACUGCACCCAAAAGGGGAGCCUCCCACGCUCCCGCAGAUGCUUGCAAGGAUGGAACAGGUUGGACCCAGGGGCCACAAGGCCUCCAAUACCUUGGGAGCUGGUGGCCGCAAUCGUGAAUUUCAUGCUGGGAAGACAACAGAUCAACGAAGGGCUUCUGGUGUUGCUGAUGUUCGACGCCUACCUCAGACCGGGCGAGGCAAUCAGCCUCCAUCGGAGCGAUCUGGUGGAGCCUACGGUGCAGCAUCCAGUGUUUUGCCUAAACCUCAAUCCCUCCGAAAGGGGCGCCAGCUCGAAGAUGGGGCUUUCAGACGAAACAAUAGUCCUGGACGGAAGGGAGACACCAUGGAUGGGCUUGCUGCUCCGCAGACACCUGGAGAGCCACAAGGCACAAAAGUUGUUUCCAAUAGAGUAUCGGCAGCUCAAAGACGCUUGGCAAAAGGCUCUUGUCGGCUUGCAGUUGUCGAGCAAACAUUGUGUGCUUUAUCAGUUGAG